AUGUCGUCGUCGUCUUUCUCUUCUGUUUUCUCAAAUUCAUUGUCUGCUUCCGCAUCUCGUACAACGACGGCGACGGCAGUGGCGACGACGACAACCCGCCCCUCCUCUUCCUCCUCUUUCUCCUUCUUCUCUUCCAUCAUGUCCUCAUCCUCGUCUUCCUCUUCCUCCAGCACCUUUUCCUCUUCCUCCAUCUCUGGGUUCGGUCCAUCCGUCAGGCCCCCGUCGUCCGUUUCAUCUUCAUCGUCCUUUUCGAGCUCAUCCUUGUCCUCGUCCUUCUCAUUCUCAUCCUUCUCAUCCUCAUUCUCCUCCACCCCACCACUCACCUCAACGCCAAUUUUCUCUUCGUCUUCUACAAUUAUCCUUCCGCCCUCGUCCGACGACUCAACCUCAAUCCUCACUCCCACCUCAACACUUUCCACCCCAAUCUUCGUUACUGUGACUGAUAGCAGAGGCGCACUCACAACCAGCGCUCCAUCAGCCUUUACCACACUUUCCACUUCCACAGCAAAUAAUGGUACCCUUAUAACUGUCACACAAAUAAUCGCGAAUCCUAGUCCCACCUUGAGCCCCAACAUUACUUCCUCCAAAACAUCAUCAACAUUCUUCAAAAACACCGGCGCGGUGGCCGGUGUUUUUGUUCUCGUCGGCCUAGCCGCUGCUUCCAUCCUCCUCUGGAUCUUCUUUGCCGUUCGCCGCCGCCGCCGCACCCAACGUCUAGAACAUGACACUGCCGUUUCCGCAACUCUAGCUGCAGCAGGCUUCCAUCGUGCACCAUUGGACGAUGACGAUGAUCCUGGGACGGGUUCUAGAAGGUCGUAUUUUGGAUCUCCCGACGUCUUGAUGUAUCAACGACGCUCUAGCUCUGGCCUUGGCGCGAGCUCCACCCCAAGCGCAGGUCGUCUAUCCGCUGCUUACCUGGACAACCCUCCACUCAACGGCGGCCCAGAAGACGGGUACAACUCCUACACCGAAUAUAUUGUUCCCCCAGGAGCGAGAGAUGGCUACGUCUCGGCUAAUCGCGCUAGCCCGCCUCCAGCGGCCUUCCACAUGGGCGCCUAUCACGAUCGGCAAAACAGCGGUAGUGGAGGUGACAUCAUCCGUCAUUCCGCCUCUCAUAGCGGUGCCAGUUACGAACCUCUCUUGGCCAACUAUCGACAACCUACACCUCCCAAUGUACGAUCCCCUACCCCGCCGCCUAGAAAUCCAAAGCGACUGUCAGACGCAGCGAUGAAACGGCCACCCGUCCUUGAAAACGCUCGACCCGUCAGUGCAUCAUCGUCCGUGUACUCUUCUGAAAGCACGGGCGAUGACAGGUUGGACCCUGGUCUGCGCCAACGAAUAGGUGACGGGGACUCGGUGAGGGACGAUGAGGAUUAUUCUCGACCUGUUCUUGGCGUUCGGAACCUCCCUGAUGCAACGAGCGAAGCAUCUGUGGCUUGA